AUGUCAGUUUCGUAUAACGGCGGCCUUACAGGACUCACCGCACUCGUCCGCAACAACCUGGUGCACUAUCAGCAGUGGAGCGACGUAGAAGUCGUGCCCCUGCGCGAUAGAGAAGCGCUGCGGGGGCGGCCCGCGCAGAAACUCAGCAACGAUGACGAGGAGAUUGGCGUCGAGUACGUGCUGCCCGUGGAGCUGAGCCAGUACCGCAGCAGCGGGGUGACGCUGGAGGCGCUCGACAAGGUGUUCAGCCAGCUGCCGGCCAGCUGCAAGCGCGUGGUGCUCGCCAUCAGCAGCGACGACGGCACGGUGGUGUACUACACGGUGUACCAGGGCCUGCAGCGGCCGCGCAAGAAUUAG